AUGGCGGGUCCGACGUCGCCCUCUCUAGCCUUGGCCGUCCUGGUUCUCCUCCCCUUCGACAUCCUCACGUGGAUCCUGCGUUUCCACGUGCGCAUAUCCAGAAAGGCAUGGGGCCCUGACGACUGGUCCAUGUCGGUUGCGAUACCGCUCUUCACAAUUUCUACCAUCGGAAUGCUAGGCAUCGCCUUCACGGGCGGCGGCAAAAGAGAUGCUGAAUUGAGUCCAUCAGACCGCGAAACCGCAAUGUUUGCAAGUUUCUUUCCCUCGGGUUUUCCCACAGCAAGUCUGACUGACUGA